AUGCGGACAUUUCAGUACGCUCAGGGCUAUGACGGUUUGCAAGCCCCCCUGACCCUCAACAACUACAUGCACCGCCACGACGCCGCACGCCGCAAGGACAUCAUCGAUGAGAUCGAUCUUGGAGACAAUUUCGUCUGGAGGAUCGAUCUCGAUGGGAAAGGCGCCGUUCCUGGACAGCCGGCAGGUACACUUCGGAGCUCCAAUGGCAAGGACUCGAACGGAGACCCAUUGCAUUUCUAUUGCUGGCCUUACAAGCGCAAGGGCGCGGCACAGGUUUGGAACGGCCCUGUUUGCGACUCGGCAUUCGUGUGCAACAGGAAUGCGCACGAGCUCUUUUCGCCGGUGCUCGACGUGAGCAUUAGCAACGACCAGACUAGGCUUCGCCACAACGUUGAUGUCAACGACAAGAUCUACGGACUGCUCACGAAAUCCCUCGACGAGAACCCGAGAGGCGGCGGCAACUGCAAAGAGAUCGAGUACGAUAUCCCUAAUAGCGAUUGCAAAAUCCAAUUCGAAUGCAACGCUGCGUCACGGCUUCAGAUGGACGGUCUGCGUAAAUCUCUCAAGGUUAUAAGCCAAAACAAAAAGUUUGUUUAUGUGGAGGAGAAAGACGACGGCCAAUGGUCUCCCUGUCCAGUGGAGAACAUGGGGCGCCCAUGUCACCAGGUGUGGCAACCGCACAGAGAGAUCACCACCUUCCUCCCUGCUCAUGUCAAGAUGGUCUACUACGCGAACGACAAUAUGCAGGGAAUGCUCGAGUAUACUAUCACCUGCCCGGCGGACGCAUGUGGUUCAUGUGUCAACUCAGAGACCGCACAGGACGUCGUUGGUAGUGCUCUUGAGGAAGGACUUCAAGGCGUCAUUGGAGGUGCUGUCGAUGUCGCCGUCAGCUGUUUCUCCUCUGCCCUUGCAUGUGCUCUCUCGUAA